UGUGCAUGCAGCCUCUGCUCAACCCACUGGCCGCCACGUCUCCGCCGCGCAGCCUGGUGCGCGACGGCGCCUUCUGGACCGCCGUGCUCACCACGGCCAAUGCCGCUCUCGGCGCCGGCGUCCUCGCCUAUCCGAUCGCCUUCCAGGGUGCCGGCCUGGCGGGAGGCUCGCUGCUGCUGCUGGGCUUUGCGACGACCGCCUCCGUCGGACUCGGCGCCGUCUUCCAGUGCAUGUCGGCCGCGCGCCGGCUCGACCCGCGCGUGCGCGACUACACCAAGAUGGUUGGUGCCGCGUACGGCACGACUGCAGAGGCGCUCGUGACGGUGCUCAUCGUGCUGUACGUGUUUGGCGCGUGCUGGGGUUACCUGGUCCUCCUCUCCGACACGCUCGGUCCGCUCGUCCGCAAGGUGGCCCCGGCAGUCGACGAGUCCCUCGUGCGCAUCCUCCUCCAGUGCGGCUCGACGGCGGUUUGCAUCGGCCUCUGCUCGCUCCGCUCGAUCAACACGCUCAAGUACUCGAGCGCGCUGGCGGUGGCGGCGGUGCUCACCACGGUGGUGAUGCUCGUCAGGAACUACGCCGCCCACCCGUGCACCGCGGGCGACUGCGCCACAGCCGCAGGGCCGACCGUAUGGUGCCCCUCCGGCGAGUGCUCGGGCUGGUGCACCGCGGAGCAGCUCGCCGCCGCGCCGACCAACUGCCCGGGCGGCACGCGCGGCGCGCGCUUCCGCUCGUCGCGUUCGCGCUGCAGCGCGUCGUCCUGCCUGCUCAUCCUCCUCUACCUCCCCACUGGCCUCGCCGGCUACGGCGCCUUUGGCGCCAUCACGCAGGGCGACAUCCUCACAAACUUUGGCGUCGAUGACCCGCUUGCGGACUCGUGCGUGUGGGGACUGCUCGUGCUCGGCCUCUCGCUCGCGGCGGCGGGCUCCUCCCUCUCGGGCGUCUUCUCGCUCGUCGGCGCGCUGCGGCGCUUGCCGACGGCACUGCUCCUGUGCGGCGUCGGAGCUUUCAUCACAGUGGCGGGCACGUUCGCGACGCUCCAGAGCAUGGUCGAGGGCGGCGGGAGGUGACGCAACCUGCCGCCGCCGCCGCCGCCACUGCUCCUCGGCAUCCGAAAUGCGAAAAGUGGACGGAGCAGACGGGGGAGCAGCGGCCAAGGAGGAGGACGACGGUGACCUCAGUGAUCAGACGAGGGCUGGGUCGAGGUCGGCGUGAUCGAUGUUUGGGGUGCAAGGGUAGCUGUGCCUGGCCGGCAAAGUUCCGUCUUGGUGUCGUCCUCACUCUGUGCACUCAGUCUCAUCUGUAUCCAUUAAUACGUUACGUGAC